UGAUAACAAACAAGUCAAUAAUAUUCCAUAAAUAUAUAAAAAAGGGAUUUUAUAGAGAUAUAAUUAUAUUUUUGGUAAUGAUUUUUGAUUAUAUAAAUAGAUCCUCUUGGAUAUAGAUAAUAGUAAUACUUUUAUAUAAAGAUAUUUUAGAUUUACUUACAGAUUAUGAUGAAAAAUAUCAUCUUAGAGAAAGAAGUAAUGGGAUUUUUGAUCUCAUAAAAUUAGUUUGUUUUAUUCUCUAUAUGGGACAUAUUUGUGGUUGUUUUUGGAAUUAAAUUGCUAUGGCAGAAAGAGCAGCUGGAUAUUCUGAUGAUCAGCUUUGGAUUCAAGUAUUUAAACCUUAUUGGCUUGAUAGAUAUAUUGAUAGUAUGUAUUGGUCUGUUGUUACUAUGUGUACUUUAGGUUAUGGAGAUAUUACUCCUAAAACUAGAUUUGAGAAAAUGUAUGUGAUGGCUGUUGUGCUUGUUUCAACUUUCGUUUUUGCUUUUUCUAUGAAUUUGAUUGGGGAUACUAUUAAGGAGUUUUAUAGAAAAUAAAAAGAUUUUGAAGAUUAUAUUUAGAAAAUUAAUAUUUAUAUGAAAAAAAGGAAAAUUAAUGAAGAUACUUAAAUUAGAAUUCGUAAAUAUUUAAAACAUCUAAACCAAAGAAAUGAAAAUAUGAACUCUAAAGUUUUAUUAGAUUAAUUAGAGGAUGAUUUAAGAGAAAAAGUGUAAUAUGAUAUUUUUGGAACUUUAUUAAAUAAAUAAUCAUUACUAAAAUAUUAAUUUGAUGUAUUUAAACUCGCAUAAAAAAUGGAAGAAAAAGUGCUUUCAUUUAAUUAAUUUAUUUAUUAAGAAAAUGACCAAUCUGAAUAUUUAUAUUUUCUUUUGAAAGGCUCUAUAUCUUUUUAUACUUAAAAAAAUUAAUUAUUAUUAAGCACCUCUAGUCAAAAAGGUAAAAUGUUUGGAGAAUUAGAAUUUUUUAGUGGAUUACAAUAUAGGCAUUCUGCUAAGACAAACUCAAUGGUAAUUUUAGCGUAAAUUUCAAAAUAAAACUUUCUUUAGAUAGUAAAAGAAGAUAAUAAAUACCUUGAAAAAUUUAUGUAAUUAAAAGAUUAAUAUAAUAUUUAUAAAAACUAUUAUGGACAUUAAUGUGGAACUUGUUAAAAAUAUGGACAUGAUAUGUUAGAUUGUCCUAUGAUAAAUUUCUUAGCAAAAAAAUACUAGCUAACUAUUGAAUAAGAUAAUAAUAGAUAAAGUUGUAUUAGAAGAAAAACCAAUAAAUUUAAUACAUUAAAAGAAGCUAAAAUUACUCUAUAAAAAUAUAAAUAUAGGUAGGAAUUAGUAAAAUAUGGAAAUAAGUAUUUUAACAAACAAAAUUUAUAAUCAUUUGAUAGUGUUUAUUUUUCAAAUAGUGAUUAGAUUAACAGUAGUGUUCAAGAAAAAAAGAAUAAAUAUUAAAAAAAGUUGAAAAAUAGUUUAUCUUUAAAUUACUUUUAGGAAAUUUUAAAUAAAAAAAUAAAAAUUAAAACGGAUUAACGAAAUUACAAAAAGUGGUUGAAAAGCAAAAAUCAUAUUUUAUGAAAAAAAUUAUAUAAAAUUAAAAAUAAUUAUCAUUUGAUAAAAAAAAUAUUAUUAGUAUAAAAGAAGAAGAAGAUAAAAGUACUUUUACUUAAUAAAAUCUGGAAUAAAUAUAAGAAAAAGAAAACAAUUAUGUAAAUGAUUUUGAAAAUGAUUUUUUUUAAAUAAAAGAAGAAGAAUUUUAAUAAAUUAGAAAUUCAAAAAAUCAUAGUUAAACGUUUAAUAUGAAAUCUAAUAAAGAAUUAGACAAAAAUCAUUAUUAUAGUAAUAUUUAAAGUUAAUUUUUGAAAAAAAAUAAUGAAUUUGAAUUAUAUUAAAGGUAGUUCAGUAAUAAAACGGAUAAAUAUUCAAAUUUAAAUAAAAUAAAUUAUGAUAAUGAAGAAGAAGAUGUUAACUCUUAAAAUAAAUAAUAAAUUGAAUAAUAACGCAUUCAUAAUUAAAUUUAAAAAACUAAUGAAUAAAUAAAACAUCUUUAAGAAUUAAAAUAUUUAUAAAUAAAUUAAGAAGACUAAGAUACUGAUUUUCAUGAAAUAGAAGAAAAUGAAGAAAAUUAUUUACUUUAAAUGACUAAAUAAGGAGAAGACUUAGCAAUAAAAUAAGAGAAUACAAGAUAAAUUUUACAAUUAAAAGCUUAAAUUAUGUAAAUAUAUUAAUAAUAUGAUGAUGAAUUCACUAAUUCUUUUGACAAAGGAAAGGAUUUCAAAUAUUAUUAUCCUUAUAAUAAUAAAAGUGCUGUUAUAUAAUUAUUGCAAGCAAAAAGGAAAAAAAUUAAACAUAUAAAUUUGUUUAUAAUCGUAAAAAAAAUAUAAAAAAAGAAAAUGAUUAUUUUCAAAACAAUUGAAAAAUUAUAAUACAUAUAUUAGAUCUAUAUUUAAAUGUAUUUUUUUGUUUUUACAAAAACAUAAAAAAUUGUUAAAAAAUAAAGAAUUUUAUU